AUGGAGGUUCCAGUAGGGCAGAAGAGCAAACAGCAAGAGUUCACUUUGGUCUCUGUUUCUGAGCUCUCGACGUCGUUUUCAACGGAUAUGUCUUCGCCUGUUGUUGCUCGGUUCUGCUUCGAUUCUGGAUUCGCAGAGCUUCGAUUGGGCCAAGAAUCUGGGCCGAAUGAUGAUAGUAACUUCGAUCUUCGAACUGCUCAGCUUUUCAAGUUAGGUCCUGCUCACUCGGUAUGCAUAUCUGAAGGUUUUGAUACCAGCAAAGAGAAAACCUAUUCAAGGGGAAUCACCAUUCGAUUUCGAACGGAGGCCGAGAGUAGAGCCUUUCAUUGUGCAUUUGAGCAAUGGCAGAAGGAAGUGGUUGUUCAAGGAUCACAUUUACCGAAUGGAGCUCUAUUGACUUCUAAGAGCAAAUUUGAUGAUAAAAUAGAGGCAUCUUCUGCCAAGAUGUAUUUCCAUUACUACGGGCAACUGCUACAUCAGCAAAAUAUGUUACAAGAUUAUGUGAGGACAGGAACUUAUUAUGCUGCUGUCAUUGAAAACCGUGCGGAUUUUAUUGGUCGUGUGGUAGUUGAUGUUGGUGCUGGCAGUGGCAUUUUGUCAUUAUUUGCUGCUCAGGCUGGUGCAAAACAUGUUUAUGCUGUGGAAGCAUCUGAAAUGGCCGAAUAUGCACGUAAACUUAUUGCUGGGAACCCCUCGCUGGGUCAAAGAAUUACGGUGGGUAUUCUUGUUUGCUUGCAAUUGAAUGUCUUUGCAAAUGUUGUUCGCUUGAAUACUAUUCCAUUUUCUCUGGGCACUUUGUCAUCGGACAUAUAG